AUGUUCACGUUUCUUCAGGGCAACGUCGUCCGCACCGGGCAGUCUGGCCAUGCCUACGUCUUCGACGCUAUGUCGGGCGAGACCUACAUCUUCAACCGACCGAUGAUCAAAGGCGCGCAAAGCCAAGUACAACUCGUCACUAACAUCAGGACCCACGAGGUUGUUGUGCAGAAGGUGAGUAAGCGCAAGCCGACCAUUAAAGACGGCUAUGAUCUAGCCAAGGUCCCCGAAGACAACGAGGUGCGCAUCCUUGACCAUCUCAACGCACUCGUCCUCAACCCUGUUUACGACCUGCCCAGCGUGACUCCCCGCUGGAGCACAUGCAUCUCGCACGAGAAGAUUGCUGUCGAGUCCCGUGGACGCAGACCCAAAAUCCAGUGCCUGCAAAUCAGCUACUGGAAGUUCUGCAACGCUAACAGCGUCGCCAGCGUAUUCUCGAACUGGUGUGCGGGCCACAUGGCCAACGACAUGGAGGGUCGGCUGUUCCCCGCCGGUAGCGAGGCCGUCUACCACUGUGAUCUGCACAUGGGCAACAUCUUCGUGCAUUACGACGAGCAGUCAGCCAAGGACGGCCUGCCGGACUUCUACAUCGGGGACUUUGGCUGGGCGUGUACCGCCAGCGAGUCCCUGGCCCACAGCGAAGCCAGUCACGACGACCGCGGGCGCAAGUAUCUCCAUCCGGGAUACUCCCCCCCUUUUACUUCCAGUUCGCCAUUUCGGGAACCUACGCCUGGGGCUGCUCGGCCUGGUGAGCGCCGCCGGUGGGAUGUGGACCGGCUCAUAGGCGGGGUUUGGCAACUCGAGCGGCACACCGUUCUUCCUUGGACUAACGCCUGGACAAUGAAGCCUGCUAGCCCACCGCCUCCGAGCAAGCAAGCGGAGGGUCUUCAGAGGUUGAUGCGGAUGAUCAAGUUUGUGGAUGCUCAAGAUGAGACCAUGGCGGCCCGCAACCCCCGCAGCCGCCCCCCGUCCCUGGUGGAGGUAGUUCGCGAGGCAAGGAAACUGGAGGCGUCGGCUUUGAGGGCCGAACGGGGAACCAUAGACUUCGAGAUGUUCUCCAAGUGGGGCCAGACUAAGCUGGCACAGAGCAAAGAGGAGGCGCCCUUUGUGUUCCCGAGCGAGAACCGAGGGGCACCCUUUCAGAUCCAAGAGUUGAGGGUGGCGCGGGCCGAGAACUACGGGAACACUAACAUCGAGGGGCCAUGGACCUUGGUAAACUCGGAGUAAG